AUGUUCGAAGGCAAAGUUUACUGCAUCUCCGGGGCCGCGUCGGGUAUUGGUCGCGCUACCGCCCUACGCCUGGCCUCAAAGAAAGUCUCGGGUCUUGCUCUCAGCGAUUUGGAUAUUCGCGGUCUCGAGUCUACCGCCGAAGAGUGCAAGCGACUGGGGCUCGAAAACACCACAAUCACGCAACUCAAUGUAAGCAUCCGAGCCGAUGUAGAGGCAUGGGUACAUGCAGCGCAUCGCACCUUUGGCAGGCUCGAUGGCGCUGCCAACGUGGCUGGAGUGGCUGGCGGGACGGGAGAGCAGACAAUCGAGACGAUCGACCAGACAGAUUGGGAUAGGACGCUGAACGUCAACCUCAACGGUGUCCUUCACUGCAUGCGGGCACAGCUGCCACUACUCAACCGACCUGGUGGUUCCAUAGUCAAUGUCGCCAGCACGUCUGGCAGGCGUGGCUUGCCUCACAACGCGGCAUAUUCAAGCAGCAAGUUUGCCGUAAUCGGACUGUCAGAGUCGGCGGCAGGCGAGUACGCCAAGCAAGGCAUCCGAGUCAACGCUCUUCUCCCUUCCAGGGGACCGAUCGACACAAAGAUCUUCCGAGAUGGCGAAUCAGCAGGCCUAUUCGACUCGGUGAGCAUCUCCAAGGAUACCUUGCUCGGGAGGAUGGGCACGGCCGAGGAAGUGGCAAACGUUCUUUGCUUCCUUCUCAGUGACGAGGCUUCCUAUGUGACAGGAGUGUAUGAGAGUUUGGGUGAUGAAAGCUCGAUUGUGAGUGACGAGUAG